AAGACCGAACCUAAGACAAUCAAACCAAAUUAGCCCUUGAUCGCCUCUGAUUAACUAAUUUGUCUAAUCUAAGCCUCACCAGUGCGAUGAGAGUUAAAAUCUUAUUAAGACUAAUUAUUGAUUUGAAGAGUUUAAUUUUCUCUGAUUAAUUGAAACACUUUCAAUAUAAUUACAGUUGAAUUUAAAACUAAUCAUCUUUGAAAUGUUUCAAUUUACUUAUAUUCUUCUGGUUCUAAUCCAUGAUUGUUAAUCUAUUUACUCCUCUCAUCUGUUUACCACUUUUCCAUUUCCAUCCUCUUCCAUUUCCAUCCUCUGACAAUUUAAUUUAUUUCUUUUAAUUUACUUAUUAAUUUAGCAAUUUCUUUGUAUUUCUAUAGUUGAAUCAAUGUUCCAUCAUUUUAUUUCAUCGACCAUUCAACUGAAUUCAGUUUAACCUUUUAUUGGAUGAUAAUAUAAUCAUAACAACAACAACAACAUCUUAUGUCUUAUGUCAAUACAUGUAAUGUAUUGUAUUGCCUCUGAUAAUUACAUUCCAAUUGAUUGUUAUUGUUCCCAUUUACCAUUGAUGUCUGGUUUUAAUUGAAUUCAACUGUUGGUCGCCAUUAUCAUCGUUUAACCAAGUUAAUUGCUGUUCUUUCUAGAAGAGAUUCAGAUUAAUACUGGAUAAUCAAUUCAGUUUCUACCUCUGUCUAUCUUUCUCUGUGUCUCUGUGUCUCUUUUUCCUUUAACAUUUUCUAUUCCAGCUGAUUGUUUACCUGGUUAAUCAACCAACAGAGAUGAUUAAAACUGAGCCAACGACGGACACAAGGCAACAGCAAAUAGAAAAUGGUCUCCGAAGGACUUUGGCACGAGCUCGAUGGCACAUAUUGGCUCGAGUCUUUUACGAAGGCCUCGAAGCCUCUGCUCCAUAUGAUGGAUCCAUAAGGUUAUUCAAUGGUUAUCCAUUAAUCACUUUGGUCAUCAUUGAGAAGGAAACAAAUGGUGGACCCAAUGGACCGAGAGUUUCCAAUGUUUGGUACAAAGCAAAGUGUCAAGGUACCAAUGAGGUUAAGGUCGAGGUUCGUUUACCUGCAGGGAAAAUACCCUUUACCGAGAUUCUGGUUUCGUCUGAUUCAACUGGAGCCAUUUGUAUUUGGCCCUCAGAGAAAAUUCUAGGCUUCUGGUCUCAAAAUAGAUCACUUUUCACCGAUAAAACUGUACUCGAGUUAGGCGCUGGUCUAACUGGUUUAAGUGGCCUCAUUUUGGCAUCAACUUGCCGACCAGCACAAGUCCUAUUGACCGAUGGUAAUCCAGUUUGUAUUAACAAUUUGAAUACAAUCAUAAGUCGCAAUAGAUCACGAAUGAUUUUACCUGAAGAUGUUUCCAUUGAGGCGAGACAAUUAACUUGGGCUCAAGAAGACGAAUAUGAUAAUCUUAUUGAUACGAUUGAUGUUAUCCUCAUUUCGGAUUGUUUAUACCUUGAAAAUUGUCACAAAUCACUUGAGUCAACCAUUUGGUCCCUUCUCAAAGGGAAUGGUCAAUGUUACAUUGUGGCACCGAGUCGAAAUCAAUCGUUUGAAAAAUUUGCCAAUCUGGCGGCCAAACGAUUUAUGGUUCAACGAAAAGACAAUUAUGACCCUACCAUUUGGUCAAUGCACGCAGCGUAUUCGGACGAACGAGACAAGUACCAAUAUUCACCCGAUCGCCAUCAUCCUUUACUCAUGAUACUAACGAAACCAAACUAUUGAAAAACAUUUUCAAUCAUCGACAUCUUUUCAUCAUCCCUAUUGAUAAAUAUCUACAUUUACCUCAUUGUUAUUGAUUGUUACAGAAAAUUUAAUUGGUACAGAUAAACGAAUUCCCUCUCGCUGAUUAAUUCAACAAUGGAAAUAACUGACAAGUCGCCGUGUGGAUUAAAUGGCAAAAUCACAAUUCGAUGGAUUUAAUUUCUGCUUGAAGAAACAAUUGAGAAAAGCAAAAACAUGGACAACAUUUCAAUCCCCGUUAUAAAAGCUUCACAAUUAGCUUAAUUACAAAUUAUCAUCUCUGUAGUUAAAACUUUUUAUCUCUCGCUAUUAAUCAAUUGCCUCGAAAUCAAAAGCACAACAACAAUCAAAAAAAAAACUAAAGUCAAUCACAUCAUCAAAGGCAAAUCCACAAUAAUAAUCAGAUUGACAAUCAUCAUGAAAACACCAACAAUCAAUUGAUUAAACAUUUGAAUCAUCAAGCAAAAUACUUAAAUUUAUUGAUAAUAAUAAUAAAUGAUAAACAUUUAGCAAAUUAA